AAUAAAUCCAUGAAUAAACAAUUCAAGGUAGCUUUAAUAGGGGAUUCCAGAAGUGGGAAAUCAUCACUUUUGAGAUCUUUAAAAGGUGAAGAGUUUCUUUAUGAAUCUUAAGAAACUGUAGGAGUUGACUUUUAUUAAAGAAGUCUUGAUUUCAAAAAUAUCAACUAUACAUUUAAACUUUAUGAUACUAGUGGUUGCGAAGCUUACAGAUUAAUUUUGAAUAGACUUUUAAGCUAAAUUGAUGCAGUCAUCAUUUUUUUUGAUGCUUCAUAAGAUAAAUACUUAGAACAAAUAACAAGGUGGUGUCACUUGAUAGAAAAUGAAUUAAGAACAAUACCAACAUUCCUUAUUGGAAAUAAAAUUGACAUCUAAGAUUUAAGUCUUAAUUCAGAUAUUUCUUUAAAAUUACCAGUGUUCUACGUUUCUGCUAAAACAGGUGAAAAUGUUUAGAAAUGUUUUAAUAAAAUAUUUCUAUCACUGACUCCUUAGAAACAUACUAUGAUUAAUUAAAAGUAAUAAAAUCAAACAACUACAUGGGGAUUACUUUGUUCUUGUUGCAAAGGAGAAUGA